CAGGGGGUCUGUGUUUGUCUCUUUCGCUCUAUUCUGCAUACAUGUCCUCUUCCCGUCCCAUUUUCCCUAAGUCAGGUAGCUGAAAUUUGGAAGCAUCGUGAAACUUCGUCAGAUUAGUAAAAUUUCAACACUCUUCGGUUCUAAUAAAAAUUUUGGUUUCAUUUCCUCCCCCUUCCAAAUAUUUACUUCCAAUUGUUUGCCCCAACUCUUCCGUCCCAAACGUACAACACAAUUUUUUGGGCGUCGCGAGCGAACAGGCAUCACAAACACUUGUACCCAGCAAAGAAUUUCGAGAUUUUGCUGUUAAAGAAAUUAAUUUUGAGAUAGAUAAUUAUAGGUUUGCACAGAAUUUUCAAAAAAUACGGUAAAAUGUCUCCCACGGUGGCUGCAGCCGCCGCCGCCGCCGCCGCUAUGGAUGCCGCAGCGGUGGCCAAACAAGCGGAACAGCUCCGGCAAGAAGGCAACCAUUGCUUCAAGAAAGAUCGAUUUGGUGCUGCCAUCGAUGCUUAUACUGAGGCGAUUGCAUUGUGCCCUAAUGUGGCCAUAUAUUGGACAAAUCGUGCUUUGUGUCAUCGGAGGCGCAAUGAUUGGAAAAGGGUGGAGGAAGAUUGUAGAAGAGCUAUCAGAUAUCACCAUUCUGUCAAGGCCCAUUACAUGCUAGGUCUUGCUUUGCUGCAAAGAGAAGAGUAUGCUGAAGGGGUCAAGGAACUAGAAAAGGCGUUGGAUUUCGGAAGGGGUGCUAACCCGAAAGGUUACAUGGUAGAGGAAAUCUGGCUGGAGCUUGCAAAAGCAAAAUACUUGGAGUGGGAGCAUGAAUCCACCAAUCGUUCUUGGGAACUUCAAAGUUUGAAAGAAACUUGUGAAGAAGCUCUCAAGGAGAAAAAUUUCCUGGAUUCUUCUUAUGCCAAUGGUUAUUUUGAUGGAGAUACAAAGUCCAAUACCGAGCAACUGGAAGCAUUAAGUAGGGUUUUCCACAAAGCUGCAGAAGAUGAUAUACCAACCGAGGUGCCAGAUUAUCUUUGUUGUAAAAUUACGCUUGACAUUUUUCGUGAUCCUGUCAUCGCUCCUAGUGGAUUUACGUAUGAGCGGGCAGUGAUCCUUAACCAUUUGGAAAAGGUGGGUAAGUUUGAUCCAAUUACACGCGAACCACUGUUUAAAUCCCAGCUGGUGCCGAAUUUGGCCAUAAAAGAGGCAGUAGGAGCAUUUCUGGACAAGCACGGUUGGGCUUACAAGAUGGACUAAACGUUGUGCAGUCUGAAUUCGGUUGUAAUUCUUGUUUGUUGUGCAAAAAUGCUAAUUGCGUCUCAGAACCCAAGAAAACAUUCCCCGUGUACUGUAAAAGUGUAAACCGUAAAGCUUGGAAUGUAGCUUGAUGCACCCGAUUGUAUAGUACGGAAAGAUUACUAUAAUAUAAUGUCGUUCCAUUGGUCUGCUCCAAA